GCCCUGUCCUGCGCUGUACACCAGCGGGACCAGGGAAUAGGACGAUCUGCUUGGCCUGGAAGACGCAAAGCCACCCACAGCUCCCCUCACCAUCAGGGUGCCAUGGGACAGUGUCACAGAGAGAGCAGUACUGCAGGCCCACAGCCCCAGAGCCAGGGGCAGCACUUGAGCAAGUGACACCCCAGCCACCUCCGGGGACAGCAGGCUGGGGACAGGGGCACAGCGGGGCAUCCUGGGGCUGGGCAGUGCAGCUGGGAUGCGGGGGUGAAGCUCGGCAGGUCAGGGAAUGCCAUGUCAGGGGCCCCAAGCUCAGUGAGGGAGAGGCAGACGGGUCAGGAUCUUCUCCCCCUCCCUGCCUGCCCAGUGGGGCCUGUGGGCUCCAGCGGGGCUCUCCUCACGGGGCAGGUGGCAGCUUGGCCACCAACCGGCCACCACAUGGGGCGCCAGCGCUCGGUGACGCUGGCGCUGCUCAGGAAAGCCAACGGCGUGUGAGAAGGCCAUUCAGGUGAGGAGCACUGAUUUCAGGCCCGCCCUCCCUACCCCGUCAUCCGUUCCCUGCUCCGGGCUCGGGGCUGGGUGGAGAGGAAGCUCCCCCGCGAGGGUAGACGGCUGAAGCAGCAGCUUGGCGGCCAAAAGAAACAGCAGCCGGAGACAGAGUCAAGUGAUGAUGGUGAUGAGCAAGGGGAGGCAGUGCUGAACCCACGUGGUGGGGCACAGCCUUCCCUGGGGUCCACAGAGCCCCUGCACUACCCAUGGCCACGCAAUGAGGAGGUGGAGGAGGAAAAGGAAGAGGAAGAUGAAGAUUAUGAGGACUCUGAUGAAAUCCAUGACCUCAUGUCCUACCUGGUGCGGGACCAGGUGCCAAACUUCCUGUGGACCAUCCGCCUUAGUUCCAUUGACCAGGAGCUGCUGCAGAGGAUCGAGGUGGUGAACCGCUAUCACUGGGUGCAUGCCCUCAGCACCAAGGAGGGGCUGUGCCUCAGCCUGCAAAACCUGCCCUGGUUCGAGCAAGCCGACCCCAACACCUUUUUCCCCCGGUGCUACCGGCUGGGGACCAGGGAGGAGCGGGAAGCUUUCAUUGAGGAUUUCCACCUGACGGCAGCUCGCAGCCUGCUCAAACUGGCUCUGAAGAAGGCUGGGGACAGGCUGGUGAGGAUGGAGAAGCCCCCAAAAUCCAACAAGGGGCCAGAAGGGCCAGGGUCCUCCCUCUCCUCUCCCUCCCGGCUGGCAGAGGAGGCCCUGGAGGUCUGCGAGCAGCACCUGGGUGUCCUGGAGCACCAGGACAUCGACAGGAAGACCCCGUCGCCCUGCAGGACGUGCAUCGACUGGAACUGCUUCCUGCAGGAUUACUACCGCGCGGCACAUGAGGGGGCCGGGCUGGCGCUGAGCGGGGCACAGCGGGAGCGGUGCCAGGACCUGCUCCGGCGCCUGGCGGAGCAGCUGCCGCAGUUCGGCGUAGAGGGCGAUCUCAACAUCUGGAUCCUCAAGCCCAGCGCCAAAUCCCGAGGCAGGG